AUGGACUUUGAAAUAAAACAGCUCAUCACAGAUUUUCUGGAAUGGCAAGUGACGAAUCAUGGCAAGGGAGAAGGUGUCCUUGCUGCUUGGAAAGAAGUUUUCGCUCCAAAGGAUAAUAAUGGUAGCGUCACUCAUCCUUCAUCCAGAACCAUCCAGUAUGUGGCAAUGCGAAAGAGUAAACAAAUGAAAUCUGUCGCGCUUUUCUUUGACAAAAGUGAUGUUGUCGCCUGUAUACCUACCAUUAGAGACUCUGAAGAAACGGAUAGCAUCUGUGUAAACAAGGAGUUCUCGUCCUUAUUCCAAGCUCUCACGUAUAUGGCAACGAUGAACUCCAGUGAGCUGACGACUGGACGAAUCAAAGCGAAUGAAAUAGGAGCUUCCAAUGAAUUUUCCAACAGCAAAGAUACGAUGACAACUCUAGCUCAAGUCGAUAAGGAUGACAAGUGCUCCAACAAUAACAAUAAUAAUAAUAAGCGGGAUCUACAGGGUUCCUCGGCUAAUGGCCACGUUGAUACCUUGGAACCAAGCUCAAAGAGGUUGAAGACCGAGGGUAAUGAUGUUAUGGAGAGCAUGAAUCCAGAGACACCCGAGAAGGAUUCUUCAGAACCCGAUGGAAACAAGAAGCCGAGUCAGUUUACAAAGAUCAGGUUCAAGGAAAAAGAGAGGCAGUGGCAAGGAAAAUUCGAAGCACUAGCAAGUUUAUGGAAGAAUGGGGCAACAAUCUAUCAACGAGACAUUGCACCUUUCAAUGGGCUCUCAAAUUGGGUAAAACACCAAAGAAAAAGAUUCAAGCAAAAUACGCUACGAGAAGAUAGAAAGAAAAAACUGGACUCGAUUGGUUUCAAGUGGGUGGGGCGGAAUACCAUUGUUUUGUCAACAGAACCGAACAAUGAAAAGGAACUUGCAGCUAUGAAGCAUGCUUACUUGACCUAUGAAAGUCAGCAAAAGCAAGGAUUGGACGUGGAAAAAGAAGACGGUUGGGAAAUUCUUUGGAAACAACGGUACCAGGAACUCGUAGAAUUCAAGAAACGUUUCGGCCAUACAAAGGUUCCCAAGGAGUGGCCAGAAAACAAACAAUUGGCUGGUUGGGUUCGGAAGCAGAGAGAGCAGUCUCGCAGGCCACCAGAAGAGUCAAUGCUCACGGAAUCACGGAAACAACGACUUAAUGAUAUUGGAUUCGCAUGGUUCUUGAGGCCUAGUCGAUUGAAGCGUCCACCGCCACCAGAUCUAACGCCGAAGCCAGACCCAAAGCCGGAGAUGGCACCAGAGCCAGAGGAGCCCGCAGGCCAAACUUGUAUAAUGGGAAAAGAAGAUGAGAGCCAUGAUGUCGAGCCUUAUUCGGUUGACAAGAAUGGUUAUCUAAUAAUAUAG